CCUAAAAUACGCUAUUUCACUUCCGGGUUAACCACGCAUGCGCGGACGUUGUGUUGGAAGUUGUGUUGUUUUGGUUCUUUGUCGGAGCUCAGAAUGGCGGAAGAGGAGGACGAGGCCGCCUACGACGAGGAGCUGGACGAGGGCUGCGGCGGCGCGGACGUGUGCCACGGCCGCAGGAAGAGGCUCUUCUCCAAGGAGCUCCGCUGCAUGAUGUACGGCUUCGGGGACGACCAGAACCCGUACACCGAGUCCGUGGACAUCCUGGAGGACCUGGUGAUCGAGUUCGUCACGGAGAUGACCCACAAAGCCAUGUCUAUCGGUCGCCAGGGCCGCGUCCAGGUGGAGGACAUCGUCUUCCUCAUCCGGAAGGACCCCAGGAAGUUCGCCAGGGUCAAAGACCUGCUGACAAUGAACGAGGAGCUCAAGAGGGCCCGCAAGGCCUUUGACGAGGCAACUUAUGGCUCUUAAUCAGCUGCAGAUUUGUUCAUACACUCACUUUUAUUUAGUCCGUUCUUAAUAAACAUCUGUAUUGUUUUCCCCCCACA